AAUGUGAGCGUAUCUGUUUGGACUGGAGCUGCUCUUCCGAUCCAAGCGUGGAAGCAUCAUUACCACUCGACUCUAUAGCCACUAGUCACUCAGUCAAUCAUCCACCUGCGCUGCCGCUGGAAUUUAAUUAAAAAAAAAGAGCCCGAUCGAUCCAGCAAAGUGCAUCACGCCGUUCACGGCUUCAGGACAUAGGGAGCUCCCAAGUUCUCCUCCUCCUCCUCCUCCACCUCCUCCUCGUCGUCGUCUUCUCUCUCAGGUCUCAGCCAUCGUAUCGUCCGGACCCACCGUAUCCCCAGUCCGCCGGCGGCCGUCGAUUCAUUAUCCCGGCCGCCCGGGCUGCCCGUAAGUCAAGCGGCGGCGGCGGCGGCGGCUAAGGUAUAGCCAAGGCUGGAGCGAGGCCGGUGCGGCCGACCAUCCCUGUGUGUGCACCCUGCAGAACCAACCUCACCCCCGAUCAAGGUUCUUGGAUGGCGGGCGUGUGCGGGAGCCCGUUCUGCUCCAGGGAAGCUUCAGCUCCAGCUCCAGCGUCAUGUGGACGAUGGGACGAACUACUCAACUCCUCCACCUGCGCGAACAACAUCCUGGCGACCGGCGCCGCUGCGCUGCUCGCCGUCGUCCUCGCGCUGCAGCUGCUCGUCAGGGUCGCAAGGAACGGACUACGACACGCGCCCGUCGUCGCGCUCAGCUCGCCGCUGCAGCGGGCCGCCGUGGCGGCCAACGCCUGCCUGGGCCUGGCCUACCUGGGCCUCGCGGCGUGGAUGCUGGGGACGGACCUGACCCAGCGCGCCUCCGUCUACCUCCCACACCGGUGGCUGGUGAGCCUGGCCCAGGGGCUCUGCCUGCUCCUCGCCGGCUUCGCCUUCAGCGUCAGGGCGCAGCUGCUCGGAGCGGCGUUCCUCCGGGUCUGGGCGGCUCUGCUGGCCGCGUACGCCGCGUUCGUUUGCUGCACCUCGGUCGUGCACAUGGUCGCAGACAAGGUGCUGGCCGUGAAGACGUGCUUGGAUGUUCUGUCCCUGCCUGGUGCGCUGCUGCUCCUUGUGUACGGCAUUCGGCACGCCAGGGAAGAAGAAGAAGGAGAUGGUAACGGAGGAACCGAAAGUUCUUUGUAUAAGCCUCUGAACGCCGAGGCUCACGACGACGGUGCGGCCGACUCGCGUGUCACCCCGUUUGCUAAAGCCGGGGUUUUCAGCAUCAUGACGUUCUGGUGGCUGAACCCCAUGAUGAAGAAGGGUUACGAGAAGCCUCUCGAGGAGAAAGACAUGCCGCUCCUAGGCCCCUCGGACCGAGCGUACAGCCAGUACCUGAUGUUCUUGGACAACCUGAACAGGAAGAAGCAGCUGCAGGCACACGGCAACCCGUCGGUCUUCUGGACCAUCGUCUCUUCUCACAAGAGCGCGAUCUUGGUCUCGGGUCUCUUCGCGUUGCUCAAAGUGCUCACGCUGUCUGCAGGCCCAGUGCUUCUGAAAGCCUUCAUCAAUGUCUCGCUUGGGAAAGGUUCCUUCAAGUACGAGGGCUUUGUUCUGGCCGCGGCAAUGUUCGCUAUCAAGUGCUGUGAGUCUCUGUCCCAGAGGCAGUGGUACUUUCGCACCCGGAGGCUAGGGCUCCAGGUGAGGUCGCUCCUGUCGGCCGCCAUCUACAAGAAGCAGCAGAAGCUGUCGGGCUCUUCGAAGCUGAAGCAUUCCUCUGGAGAGAUCAUAAACUACGUCACCGUCGACGCCUACCGGAUCGGCGAGUUCCCGUACUGGUUCCACCAGACGUGGACGACAAGCGUCCAGCUCUGCAUCGCUCUGGGGAUCCUGUACAAUGCGGUUGGUCUUGCCAUGAUUGCAUCGCUGGUCGUCAUCGUUCUCACUGUGAUCUGCAACGCUCCUCUGUCCAAGCUGCAGCACAAGUUUCAGACUAGGCUUAUGGAAGCACAGGGCGUGAGGCUGAAGGCGAUGUCGGAGUCCUUGAUCCACAUGAAGGUCUUAAAACUCUAUGCGUGGGAGACGCAUUUCAAGAAGGUCAUUGAGGGGUUGAGGGAGAUUGAGAUCAAGUGGCUGUCGGCGUUCAACCUUAGGAAAUCCUUCAAUGGUUUCGUGUUCUGGACAUCACCGGUUCUGGUCUCGGCUGCAACCUUCCUCACAUGCUAUCUUCUGAAAAUCCCUCUUGAUGCAAGCAAUGUUUUCACGUUUGUGGCCACUCUGCGCCUUGUUCAAGACCCAAUUAGGCAGAUGCCGGAUGUGAUUGGAGUCGUUAUACAGGCUAAAGUUGCUUUCACUAGGAUAACGAAGUUUCUUGAUGCGCCUGAGCUGAGUGGACAGGCCAGGAAGAAAUACUGUGUGGGAGAUGAAUAUCGUAUAGUGAUGAACUCUUGCAGUUUUUCAUGGGAUGAGAACCCGUCAAAACCAACUCUGAAGAAUAUAAACUUGGUGGUCAAGGCUGGGGAGAAGGUUGCAAUAUGUGGCGAGGUAGGAUCAGGAAAGUCAACACUAUUGGCUGCAGUUCUUGGAGAGGUUCCUAAAACAGAAGGCAUGAUCCAAAUUUGUGGGAAAACAGCAUAUGUUUCUCAAAAUGCAUGGAUCCAAACAGGAACGGUGCAAGACAAUAUUCUCUUUGGAUCUUCAAUGGACAGGCAAAGGUACCAAGAAACGCUUGAGAGGUGUUCUUUAGUAAAAGACCUUGAAAUGCUUCCAUAUGGAGACCAUACUCAAAUCGGGGAGAGGGGCGUAAAUCUUAGCGGUGGCCAGAAGCAGCGUGUUCAGCUUGCUCGUGCAUUAUACCAAAAUGCAGACAUUUAUCUUCUCGAUGACCCUUUCAGCGCUGUUGAUGCCCACACAGCAACUAGUCUUUUUAACGAAUAUGUCAUGGGAGCUCUGUCAGAUAAGACUGUCCUUUUGGUGACCCAUCAAGUCGAUUUUUUGCCUGUAUUUGAUUCUGUUCUGUUAAUGUCAGAUGGUGAAAUUAUUCGUGCUGCACCUUAUCAAGAUUUAUUGGCACAUUGUCAAGAAUUUCAGAACCUCGUAAAUGCCCAUAAAGACACUAUUGGUGUUUCAGAUCUUAACAGAGUCAGAUCCCAUAGAACAAAUGAAAACAAGGGAUCGAUUGAUAUUCAUGGAAGCUUAUACAAAGAGUCUUUGAAGCCAUCACCAGCAGAUCAGCUGAUCAAGACAGAGGAAAGAGAAAUGGGUGACACUGGUCUCAAGCCUUAUAUCCUUUACUUGCGCCAGAAUAAAGGCUUCUUCAAUGGCUCUAUGGGUAUUCUUUGCCAUGUGAUUUUCGUAUGUGGCCAAAUAGCACAGAAUUCAUGGAUGGCUGCUAAUGUCCAGAAUCCUGAUGUUGGUACACUUAAGUUGAUUUCUGUGUACAUUGCAAUUGGAUUCAUCACAGUGUUCUUCUUGCUGUUUAGAUCGAUAGCACUUGUUGUUCUUGGGAUCCAAACAUCAAGAUCUUUAUUUUCCCAGUUACUCAACUCAUUGUUCCGUGCGCCAAUGUCCUUUUUUGAUUCUACCCCUCUUGGAAGGAUACUUAGCCGGGUAUCUUCAGAUUUGAGCAUUGUUGAUCUUGAUGUUCCAUUUGGAUUGAUGCUUGCUCUUGGUGCCAGCAUAAAUGCAUAUAGCAAUCUGGGGGUGUUGGCUGUUGUUACAUGGCAAGUUCUGUUCGUCUCUGUGCCGAUGAUGGUUUUGGCACUCAGGUUGCAGAAGUACUAUUUAGCCUCAGCUAAGGAACUGAUGAGGAUCAAUGGCACUACCAAAUCAGCUCUGGCUAAUCACUUGGGAGAGUCGGUUGCAGGGUCUAUAACAAUAAGGGCUUUCGAGGAAGAAGAUCGUUUCUUUGAGAAAAAUUCGGAACUUGUUGACAAGAAUGCUGCUUCAUAUUUCUAUAAUUUUGCAGCGACUGAAUGGCUGAUUCAACGCCUGGAAACAAUGAGUGCUGCAGUUCUUUCUUUUUCUGCCUUCAUCAUGGCUCUCCUCCCUGCAGGAACUUUUAGCUCUGGCUUUAUAGGAAUGGCGUUGUCUUAUGGUCUGUCCCUGAACAAUUCCUUUGUUUUCUCUAUCCAAAACCAGUGCCAGCUAUCAAACCAGAUAAUCUCUGUGGAAAGGGUGAACCAGUACAUGGACAUACCAAGUGAAGCAGCAGAGGUCAUUGAAGAAAAUCGACCAUCACCAAACUGGCCCCAAGUUGGUAGGGUGGAGCUUAGAGAUCUGAAGAUCAGAUACAGGGAAGAUGCUCCCCUUGUACUGCAUGGAAUCACAUGCACUUUUGAAGGCGGAGAUAAGAUUGGUAUAGUCGGCCGGACAGGAAGUGGAAAGACGACUUUAAUCGGUGCAUUGUUUCGUCUUGUUGAGCCAACUGGGGGGAAAAUAAUUAUUGACUCUGUAGAUAUCACCACAAUUGGCUUACAUGACCUUCGUUCACGUUUGGGUAUCAUUCCACAAGAUCCGACACUCUUUCAGGGAACCAUAAGAUAUAAUCUAGAUCCUCUUGAGCAAUUUUCGGAUCAACAGAUAUGGGAGGUUCUUGACAAAUGUCAGCUUCUUGAAGCUGUCCAGGAGAAGGAACAGGGAUUGGACUCACUUGUUGUGGAGGAUGGCUCGAACUGGAGCAUGGGUCAGAGGCAGCUCUUCUGUUUGGGACGUGCACUGCUAAGAAGAUGCCGUGUCUUAGUCCUCGACGAGGCCACUGCAUCUAUAGACAAUGCUACCGAUGCGAUCCUUCAGAAAACAAUCAGGACAGAGUUCAGAGACUGCACUGUCAUCACUGUCGCUCACCGUAUACCCACUGUCAUGGACUGCAGUAUGGUACUUGCACUGAGCGACGGGAAACUGGUGGAGUAUGACAAGCCUACGAAGCUCAUGGAAACCGAAGGGUCUCUCUUCCGUGACCUCGUCAAAGAGUACUGGUCGUACGCAUCGAAUGGGAAUAUCUAGAAGCCACCUCCAAACUACGACCGUUUGCAUGUUUCCACUCGCUGCAUCCUCUUGAAAGGAGAUACAAGAAUCUGGGCUUGCACAUCCGAAGAACUAUUGUAUCUGAAAUCUUGAGAAAAGGCGUCAGGCAUUGUCAUGAAAUGCUUGUUGUCAAGUUUUCACCACUCGUUUUUCAGCAACUUUUUGGUAGUUUCUGUUUUGGGUCAUUGCUUCCCUUCCAGGCGCUGAAUAAAAGAAAACAUGUCUCCAUCCCCCCCCCCCCCUUCUUCUCCCCUCCAAAAAAAAGUAGAGGAAAUCCUCAACAUUUCUUUGCUCACAGUGAUACUUUAUGCUCAUAACAAAAAUUCUUAGGCUUGGUGCUCAACACUAUUCCAUUCAGAAUUUGUGGUGUAUGCUUACAUUCGUACAAAGCUGUAGUAGGGUAUAUGAUGUCUGUUUUUUUGGGGUGCAAUCAUGGCUUUUCAGCACCCUCUUGUUCAUGUUUGAUGUAUAUUCAUCGGUGUCUGGAGCCAAGCAAUUUGGUGGUAA